AUCAGUGCGCGUCGAGCUCGUGGCCUUUUUCUUCCUCGGAGAAGACGUUCGACGGUUCUGGUGCUGGUAGAGAGUGUACUCAAGUCAUAACUGACUUAUGGCGACCUCUGGAGGAGUUUUCAUAGCAAGAGACUAAGAGAUGUGGUUUGCCAGUGCCUGCCUCUUCAACCCUGGGCUUCGUUGGAGGUCUUCCAUCCGGCUACUAACUAAGGCAUACCCUGCUUACCUGGAGAUCUGACCAGAUCAGGCUCACCUCAGCUAUCCAGGUCACUGCUAAGAAAGCAUCAUGGCUGCUGGGCCAUUGAGAUGGCUUCGGCAGCUACCUCCCCUCCUUCAUUACUCUGCCUUGGGAAUUGUGAGGUCAUCGCUCCAGACUCCGCAGAAUCUGCGGGGCUCAGUGUUGAAUGACUGCAGCCAAAGCAGGGCCUGGCAGAUACUGCAGGCAAGGCAUCUUGCUGCCAAAAAAACCAAAGGAAAAGGCCAGGCUCGAGUGAACAUCAAUGCUGCUUUAGUGGAAGACAUCAUCAACUUGACAGAAGUCAAUGAGGAAAUGCAGGCUGUGGUUGAAGCCCUGAAGGAGGAUUUCAGCAAAAAUGUGAGCCUAAGAACUUCACCAGGGGUUCUCGAUCACGUCAUUGUCGCAACCAAAGAUGGGAAGUUUCCUUUAAACCAGCUUGGGCAGGUGUCCAUGAAGUCUCCACAGCUCAUCCUCGUCAACAUGAGCAACUUCCCAGAAAGCGCAGCUGCAGCUAUCAAGGCUAUCCGAGAGAGUGGAAUGGACCUGAACCCGGAAGCCGACGGGCCAAUAAUUCGGGUGCCUAUUCCUAAAGUCACCAGAGAACACAGGGAGAAGUUGGCCACACUUGCCAAACAGCUAACCCACAAGGCCAAAGAGUCCCUGCGGAAAGUCCGUGUCAAGGCAGUCAACCAGUCAAAGAAGGCCAAGAGCACCGUGUCAGAGGACACGAUCCGAUUAAUCGAGAAACAGGUCCAGCAAAUGACAGAUGACACAUCAACGGAGAUGGACAAGUUGUUGGCGGCAAAGACCAAGGAUUUGCUUGGGUAGCUCAUACCAGGCAGGGGAACGAUUGGGAGGCAGAAAUUGCCACAGACUUCCUCCUGCAUUGCUGAGUUGUCACAGCUGCUCGAGUGCAUUUUUGUGCCUCAAGCAGCUGAUUUGUAUUUCCAUCCGACCCCAGUGAAAUUCCAUGGAUCAAGGCUUGACAUUGGAAGAGCUUCUGUCUUCCCUCCUCUUCUGGCUUUGGCAAGAGCCAGCGACUGUCAAAAGUGGCUUGUAUCUUUUUCAAAGCAAAACAUUUAUCUUGGUCACGUCCUACUAUCUCAGGAGCUGCGGGGUGCCACAGUGAAAUGUAGCCAUGCAGAGACCACUUAGUGAAUGGCUGAGAACCUGCCAGGAAUCUCAAAGGUGAAAUAAUACCUAAUGAGUGUUGUGAAGUCUUAUAAUGCCCCAGUGACUCUUCUCCAUCUUCCAGGAAAUGUCACUGGCAAACCUACUCAGCAGGGAAACUGGAGUUUCAGGGCCAGUGUGACACACACCCACACCCUGAACUUGGGCCAUUGCUUAUCCCAUGAAUUUACCAGCAGGCACUAAGUCUUGGCCUGCCAUACUUCCUGUGAUGCUCUGGGGCAUUAGGCCCUGUUACCAUUCUCCAUUAGAAUAAAGUGCAAGAGGAUGUGAA